AUGCCCGCCUUCCUCUCUACUCAGAGGAAGACUUUGGAUCUACAACCGGCCACUCCAUCCAGCGGUAAAACCCUACCUAUCCCGGUGCAGAUUACCCUCCGUUUUAACCUAUCUAAAGAGAGGGAGGCCAUCCCUGGCUCGCCCGACCAACCCCUCUCCUCCAGCUCCUGCGUCCAGCCAAACCAUCGUUCCACGAAACGGAAGGUGGAGGUGGUCUCUCCCGCGACCCCCAUCCCUGUUGUGAGCGAGACGACCCAGGCCUCGGUUUUUCCCCAGAAUGGCUCCGCCCGCCGAGCCGUAGCCGCCCAGCCGGGCCGGAAGAGGAAAUCCAACUGCCUCGGGACAGACGAGGACUCCCAGGACAGCUCGGAUGGGAUCCCGUCGGCGCCGCGCAUGACGGGCAGCUUGGUCUCGGACCGCAGCCACGAUGACAUUGUCACCCGCAUGAAGAACAUCGAAUGCAUCGAACUCGGGCGCCACCGCCUGAAGCCCUGGUACUUCUCGCCCUACCCUCAGGAGCUGACCGCCCUGCCUGUCGUCUACCUCUGCGAAUUCUGCCUUAAGUAUGUCAAGAGCCUCAAGUGCCUCCAGAGGCACCUGAUGAAGUGUGACUUGAGGCACCCUCCGGGCAACGAAAUCUACCGCAAAGGAACCAUUUCCUUCUUUGAGAUCGACGGCCGGAAGAACAAGAGUUAUUCGCAAAACCUUUGCCUUCUGGCAAAAUGUUUCCUCGAUCACAAAACCCUCUACUACGACACGGACCCCUUCCUCUUCUACGUCAUGACCGAAUACGACAGCAAAGGCUUCCACAUCGUCGGCUAUUUCUCCAAGGAAAAGGAAUCCACCGAAGAUUAUAACGUGGCCUGCAUUCUGACAUUACCUCCCUAUCAGAGACGGGGUUAUGGCAAGCUAUUGAUUGAAUUCAGUUACGAGCUCUCCAAGGUUGAAGGGAAGACGGGUACGCCCGAAAAACCCCUCUCGGACCUGGGUCUCUUGUCGUACCGCAGCUACUGGUCCCAGACCAUCCUGGAGAUCCUCAUGAAUCUCAAACUGGAGAACGGCGAGCGGCCACAGAUCACCAUCAACGAGAUCAGCGAAAUCACGAGCAUCAAGAAAGAAGACGUAAUCUCGACGCUUCAGUAUCUGAACCUCAUCAAUUAUUACAAGGGCCAGUACAUCCUGACUCUCUCCGAGGACAUUGUGGACGGGCACGAGAGGGCCAUGCUGAAGCGGAUCCUGCGCAUCGAUUCCAAGUGUUUACAUUUCACCCCAAAGGACUGGAGUAAGAGAGGGAAGUGGUGAACUCAAAGGGCCCCUUCGACUGGCA